UAUUCGUUCAUCGAUGACUAUCAUCUCGAAACGACAGCGCAUGCAUAUAAGUUGACAGCUGAAGUUCAUUUGUAUGCCGGUGAAGAAUCCCGAGAGACAGAAGAACCUUCUGAGCUUGAGCUGUCAGCAGAGAUCAUGAGGAAGAGCCGGAGCGUCUUGGCAGUGACACCUAGUGAUGAAAGCAAGGACCUCUCAGCAUGUACGUCUUCAGGAGCUACGUUGGGUGUGGAUCUCUGGCGAGGCCCCAGACGCCACUCAGGAACCCUUGUGUUGCCGCCGUUGUCAUGGAGACAGGCAGAGAGGGCCCGCAGUCCUCAAGAAGAUCACGUUUCCAGACCCACGUCACUGGGCUUCAUUACUCCACCGCGUAUAGAUAUCACACCAGUGCCACCUGAUAGUUUGGAGGUGGAGAAUGGCCCCUCUAUCGGCUGUAGUCCACUGGACCUGCAGGCCUCACCGGGCUCUGGUUUGGUUCUUCAUCCCAACAUGGCCAGUCACGGUCAAAGGCGGGAGUCUUUCCUUUACCGCUCGGACAGCGACUACGACCUCUCUCCCAAAUCCACCUCUCGCAACUCCUCGCUUGUUGGAGAGCAGCUACACGGUGAAGACCUGAUUGUAACUCCUUUUGCUCAGGUGCUUGCAAGUCUUCGCACUGUUAGGAAUAAUUUCAGCAUCCUCACAAAUGUCCAGUGUCCCUCCAAAAGAUCACCAGUCAGCAGUCAACCGCCAGUGACCAAAGCCAACCUGUCAGAUGAAUCCUACCAGAAGCUGGCCGUGGAGACCAUGGAGGAGCUAGACUGGUGCCUGGACCAGCUGGAGACCAUCCAGACGUACCGCUCCGUCAGUGACAUGGCCUCCAACAAGUUCAAGAGGAUGUUGAAUCGGGAGCUGACACAUCUGUCUGAGAUGAGUCGCUCUGGAAACCAGGUGUCUGAGUUCAUCUCCAACACAUUCUUAGACAAACAGAAUGAACUGGAGAUCCCGUCGCCCACUCCAAAAUCGCGGGACAGAAAGAGGAGGCAGCAGCAGCUGAUGACUCAGAUCAGCGGGGUGAGGAAGGUCACACAAGGCCCGGGUCUGUCCAGCAGCUGCAGUACGGCCCGCUUCGGUGUGAAAACAGAUUUGGAGGACUUGCUCUCAAAGGACCUGGAGGACAUCAACAAAUGGGGUCUGAACAUCUUUAAAGUUUCAGAGCACUCUCACCAUCGGCCGCUGACCUGCAUCAUGUAUGCCAUCUUUCAGGAGAGAGAUUUAAUGAAGACAUUUAAGAUCCCAGUGGAUACCUUUGUGAUGUACAUGAUGACCCUUGAAGAUCACUACCACGCAGACGUGGCCUAUCACAACAGUCUACACGCGGCUGACGUGGCUCAGUCCACACACAUCCUGCUGUCCACACCUGCACUGGAUGCGGUCUUUACAGACCUGGAGAUCCUGGCCGCUAUCUUUGCAGCAGCCAUCCAUGAUGUGGACCACCCAGGAGUCUCAAACCAGUUCCUAAUUAAUACCAACUCCGAGCUGGCGCUCAUGUACAAUGAUGAGUCUGUUCUGGAGAACCAUCAUCUGGCUGUUGGUUUCAAGCUCUUGCAAGGGGAAAACUGUGAUAUCUUCCAAAACCUCUCCAAGAAGCAGCGACAGACUCUGAGAAAGAUGGUCAUUGAUAUGGUACUAGCAACAGACAUGUCCAAGCACAUGAGCUUACUGGCUGACUUGAAGACAAUGGUCGAGACUAAGAAGGUGACCAGUUCAGGAGUGUUGCUACUGGACAACUAUACGGACAGGAUACAGGUCUUACGAAAUAUGGUUCACUGUGCCGAUCUCAGCAAUCCCACCAAGCCAUUAGAUCUGUACCAGCAAUGGACGGACCGCAUUAUGGAAGAGUUCUUCCACCAGGGUGACCGAGAGAGAGAGCGAGGCAUGGAGAUCAGCCCGAUGUGUGACAAACACACCGCUUCAGUGGAGAAAUCUCAGGUUGGUUUCAUUGAUUACAUCGUGCAUCCACUAUGGGAGACCUGGGCGGACUUGGUGCAUCCAGAUGCGCAGGAUAUCUUGGACACUUUAGAGGAGAACAGGAACUGGUACCACAGCAUGAUACCGCAGAGUCCCUCCCCUCCCUUCUUUGAAACGGGAACUGAUGGUGGAGACAAGUUUCAGUUCGAGUUGGAGGUUGAGGAAGGAGCCAAGCAGGAUACAGAGAACCUCUUAGAGUCAGACUGUGUAGAGAUAGUGACGCAUUCGCCUCCAUCCACCGAGACGUAGCACCUCAGUACAAUGGCUGUCAUGUUGGCCAUAUUUGAUGAGAGAGUAAAGUGGAGGAACGUUAUUCUCCUGCUUCCUGAGAAUCCCUCAGAGGUCAGUCUUGGGACUCUGCUGUUGUUUCAGAGCCCAAAUGGGGAGUGAGCGAACAUCCUACACAAUCUAGCUGGAAUUUGCAGGAAUCCAUUCAAGCUGAACAUUACCAGAAGUGGACGGACGGACGGCCGAACCGAAAGUGCCAUAAGCUGGAUUUUCUUAAUCAGACGUUAGUCUGAUCUGAAUGUUGGAGGGGUUUCUGUGAAGGAGAAAUGCUGACCCUCUUAUAAGAGGGCUUUGUACAACAACGUCAAAGUGACUUUUUUGUAAAAAAGUGACUACUUUUUUGUACUUGUGUGUUCUUUGGUUCACAUCCAAGUACUCUUUUGGAAACGUGAGAGAUGUUGUCAUGCUGAAAGCAAAAGCAUGUAAUUCCCAGUUGUGUAUUGGGAAUGCAGUCUUCCUAAAUUUUGGACUUCAGAAUAAUCUAGUGCCAGCAUACUUUAUUCAAGUAAUACAAAACCUUUGUAAUUUGUAACGAACAGUUUCUCUUUUAAAAGGCGUUCUUAUUAAGCGAUUCUUCUGGUACAAUUAAUGUGAUGUUUUAUGUCUUAUUAACUAAAAACAGGAUCCAAAGACUCCAGAUUUUUAGUGGUUACUCUUAAAGGAAUGUUCUGGGGUGAAUAUAAAUUAAACUAUUUCGACUGUAUUUGUGGCGCUUUUAUGUUGAUUGCCACAGAAAAAAUUUCUGUUUUUUUUUUGUUUUUUUUCCAUUGUAAGAGCCAUUAUAAGUACAGCAAGGAGCUACUUUUAUAAGCGAUUUUUGCUUUUAAAAAACUGAUGGAUGAGUCAAAAUGUUUUUGUUUUUUUUCUGUGGUAGCUGACAUUAUCCCACAGAUGCUGUCGAUCAAGCACUAUUAAACCCAGAUUAUUUCUUUUAACCACUUUAAUAUGGGAAACAAACAUCCCAACACUCAAUAGCGAUAUUAAACUGAUUUAUAACACUGUUUUUUAUAUACUAUAUAUUUUAAAAUGACCUCUUUGUGUCUGUAAAUGUCAUUAAGAUUAAUUUGUCAAAGCAACAAAGGAGAUUCAACAUUUAAAAAAAAUGUACUUCAAAAAACUCUUAAAUCCCUAUUAAUUUCUCUUUUCUUAGAAUCUAAGCUUUUAAUAUUCACAGAACAAAGUCAACAAUAAACCUCAAUUACAAAAUCGCUGAUGUCAAACAAUGCGGUUCCUCCUGAUGUACGUUCUUACUGGUCAGGAACGGGAUGUGGUGAACGUGCGUCAUUCUGAUUGAGGUUAGCCUAUCUUUCUUUCCUAACAAUAUGUACACUGUUUGCUUUUGCUUACCUUUUGUGUUAAUUAAUUUUUUUAAUCAGUGGAGGACUAUUAUUCACAGAAGCUUUGCCACAGACAUGUGUAACUCACCCAAAUCGAAUUUACGGUUAGGAUAUGAAGCUGUAACUGCAGACUUUGUCUUUUUUACACAUGUUGGUCAUUGUGAAACCGAUGAUGAAUAUGCACACUGUAGAACAACUGUGAUUUCACUGGUGGAAUCACUGUAAUCUCUAUUAUUAUUAUAUUUAUUACUAUUAUAUUAUCAUUUUUAGUAUUAAACCUCUGUUAAAGUUGUGUUGCACAUUUCUUAUUUGUCCAAAAAAAAAAGAAAUUAAACGAGAAAUAAAUGAAAACGUUUUGGUCUGUAAUUGUUGCUGUAUUUCUUUUUAAGGUCAGACAACCUAGGAUUUUGUUUGUCACAGUAACAGUCGUGCAC